AUGGAGCCAGGACCGUCCGUUGUGGAACCCCUGUACUUCUCAAUAAGGCCCAGAAACACAGUUCCCCAGCGUGAAGAACUGUGUGAUUCCUGUCAGGCAAUUUGUGAUCCAGGAAACACAGGUAGGAUCCACGCCCAUCUCUGUGGGCUUGUCUUUGAGUAUGAUCGGUUGGAUGGUGUUGAAUGUUAUGGUGACCUGUUGUUAUGAUGACCUGUCAGUUCAUUGACCUAUUGUUAUAAGUGGUAUCAUGAAAAUAAGACCAUCUUAAGAAGAGAGACUGAUUUUUAUUAGAAAACAUAACCUGAAACUGGAUAUCUCUUGCAGGGUUUUAUAGUCCUGAAUAUGUAAAGGAUUCGUAAUAUCAUUGACUAUGAAACCUUUUAAGUUUUUUUCGUAGGAUCAGAUUACCAAAAAACCUGCUUUGUACAUGCUCAGUGGCUAAAAAAGGCCUCUGACAUCGACUGCUGUAAAAACAUAUUGGAUUCAUUUUUUUUCCAGAUUUUUUUUCACACAUCUCUCAAUUAACUUCUGCCCUGAUCAAAAAUAGUACAUUUUUUUAUCCAAAAAACAAGUUUUUAAGCCUUUGAGAGUCCAUUCAAAACAAAACGGCUAAUGCCUAAACAAAACAAUGGCCCCGCUCCAUGUGUGAAUACUGAAAAGAUGUUUGCAGUCAGCAGCAUGUAACCGUAGUGAUUUGUAAUAAUGGAAAAACAGCACCAUCUGGUGGUGUGCUUCUGUCACUGCCCUACAUAAAAAAGAUGUUUGCAGGCGGCACAUCACCACUGAAAUAUUUGAUUAUGGUAUGACAGCCGCAUCUAGUGGUGAGCUUCAGUUGCUGCCCUACAUACAAAUAUAAAGAGUGUUACAGAGCUGUAGCUAAAAGCUGUAUAAAUGCAAAAUUAUUAAAGUGCUAAAUAGGUGGUAUUGAUCUCAAAAGUAUUAAGAGCAGAAGUUUAAAAACUUGUAUGAAUGUAAAAAAUGCUCACGUGAAGACAAAGUUGUAAGACCUGUCAAUAUUUGUCGAUAUAGAAUUGUUACAGAGCUGUGGUAUAAAAAAGGCAUAUGAAUGUAAAAUUAUGAAAGUAUGAAGAAGUGGUAUUAAUCUUAAAAGUAUAGAGAGCAGAAAUUUAAAUACUUUUAUGAAUGUAAAAAAUGCUCAAGUGAAGAAAAAGUUGUAAGACUUUUGUGAAUAAAAAUAAUUAAAGAUCAGUCUAGGUGCUUUGGAAAGACAAGUCCCUAGAGAUUUAUAUAUUACAAACUCCCCAUGAUAUGUUGAAAUAUUCAAAAGAGGUUUGCAGUCAGCAGCAUGUAACCAUAGUCACUGGUAGCGGCACAACACUACCCUAUAGUGUGCUUCAGUUACUAACUUACCAAGCUGAAGCGCACCCCAAGAUGGAGUAGUGCGUGCGGACAGAGUGUGUAGGAAAUCGAUAAGCACAUAACAAAUGAAAAGUGCUCCACCAUGGGUGAAGUGGAUACCGUCUGAACUUCUUUACCUGGCGCAGUUUUUCCAAUUGGUAUCAUGAAAAUAAGACCAUCUUAAGAAUUCUGGCACUCUCAUGAUCACUUCUAAUUGUACCGAAAAACUGAAAUAUUGCAAAAAGUAUAAAUGGUAGAAAGGUGAAAAGUACACCCCACUAGAUGGUGCUGUCAUACCAUAAUCAAAAAUUACUAUGGUUACAUUCUGACUGUUAACUUCUUUUGAGUACUUCCACAUUUCACGGGGAGGUUGUAAUACAUACAUUUUUAGUCAUUUGGCUAUCCGAAGCACCUCGACUGAUCAUUUUUCCUUGUAAUUCACAGAAGACAUACAAUUUUAGCAAUUUUUUUUAUUUUUACCUUCAUCCAAGUAUUUUAGCUUCAGCUCUGUAAUAUUUUCUACAUUUUUAUGUGGGGUAGUCACUGAAGCACACCACUAGAUGGUGCUGUUUUUCCAUUAUUACAAAUGAGUCUCAUCACCCUGUGAUGAAGAAAAUGUCAAAAUGGAGAACCAACCAUCAAUGGUCACAUAUUGCCCCCUACCCAAUUGAAAAAUAAAAGCCCUUUUUCUGUGUACGAACCAAACUUUUGAAAUAAAGUACAAUUAUGACAAACCGAAAGUUGAACAUAAAGGGCUCCAGCAUCAAAAUGGAGAAUCAACUUCAAAUAGCUCCAGAGUGCCAGCUUCAAAUUAAAAAAAAAAAGUAAGCCCCGCUCCUGUGUUUGACCAAAACCUUUGGAAUUGAUGUCACUUAUGUUUGACCUCAAGACAAACAAAAAUGGGUUCAAUGUCAAAAUUGAGGUCCUUCAAGAAAUAGCUACAUAGUACCCCCUUCAUACUUUCAAAAUGAAACCCCUGCUUCUUUGAGUGACUCAGACCAAUGGACUAACAGACACUUAUCUUGGAUCCAACUGAAAAUGGCACGACUGCGUUCUCUACAACAUUUCUAAAUGAAAGCCCUGCUCUGGUGUGCGUCCAAAACCUGUUGAAUUAGUUACACUGAAGUUGAACCUUAACACGAACAAAAACAGUUUGAAUAUCAAAAUGGAGAUCCAUCAAAACAUGGCUCUAUGGCGCCACCUUCAAAUUUCUUUAAUGUGAACCACGCUCCUGUGUUUGACCUAAACCUAUGAAAUUGAUGACACUUAUGUUUGACCUCAAGACGAACAAAAAGGGUUUAACUGUCAUAAUGGAUAUCCAUCAUGAAAAGGCCCCAUAGCGCCCCCUUCAAAAUUUCAAAACGUAAGCCCGCUCCUGUGGUCCAGACAAGUGGAUUCAAUGACACUUAUCUUGAACCCUAAGAGGAAAAGAAAUGGGUUCCAAUGUAAAAAUUGGGGACCCAUCAAAAAAUUCCUUCAUUUCUCCCUCUACAAAAUUUCAAAAUGUAAGUUCAGCUCCUGUGUUUGACCUAAACCGAGGGAUUCAAUGACACCUACGUUGGACUCAAAGUUAAACAAAAAGUUUUCCACUGUCAAAAUGGAUUUCCAACAAAAAUGUGGUCAUAGCGCCCUCUACAAAAAUUUCAGGACUCAGUGCUGUAUUUGAAGUCUGGUGUAUACCCUGUCAAUAGGAAUGGAGCCAGGACCGUCCGUUGUGGAACCCCUGUACUUCUCAAUAAGGCCCAGAAACACAGUUCCCCAGCGUGAAGAACUGUGUGAUUCCUGUCAGGCAAUUUGUGAUCCAGGAAACACAGGUAGGAUCCACGCCCAUCUCUGUGGGCUUGUCUUUGAGUAUGAUCGGUUGGAUGGUGUUGAAUGUUAUGGUGACCUGUUGUUAUGA